AUGAAUCAUCAAAGAAGUAAAACUGUAUUAAUUCUUGAUCAUAGUAGUUUUUUUGCUCGUCCAUCUGGUGUUACAUUUAAUGUUAAUGUUCAAAAUACUGAUCAACAACAACAACAACAACAACAACAACAAGAUCAAAUAAAUAAUGAAAAUACAAUUGGUAUGAAAUCCUUAUGGACAUGUGUUGUUGAAUGUGUUCUGGAAUAUUGUCGAAUUUUAUUUGAUAUAUUUGAAGAUGAUGCACUUAUAACACUUAUAGUUACAGGAAUUGAUCAACGUGAUCAAUCAUCAUGCUGGAAUCGAUAUAAAAAUCUUUCACAAUGUAUGGAUUUUUUUUCUGGUAUUCAACCACCAAAUGAACGUUCAACAGUAAAUGAUGAUGAUCUUUUAAAACAUUCCCUUAAUGAAGGCAUAACAGCUUUAUGUACACGUUCAAAAAAACAAAAUAUUCCAACUGAUUUAGAUUAUACAAAUAGUGGACAUAUUAUUCUUUUUUCAACUUUUAAUAGUAAACGUAUUCAAACAAUUGAAAAAGAUGCUCAAAUAUUUCAUCAAUCUCAUAAUCAUAUGGCACUUGAAAUGACUGAUUUUGUUCCAUUAACAAAAUGUGAUUUAACAUUAGUUGAUGUUCGACCACUUGAUCAAUCUGUUCCAACAUCAAAUCCAGAAUUUCAUCCAAUAACUUCUAUUCUUCAUCGUACAUUUUAUUAUUCUCAAUCUGGUCAAAUGUUAUUUACACGAAUGUUACAAAUGCUAUUAAAACAACAUAAUUUAGCACUUACAACUGUAACUGGAAUUCCAAUGAAAGAAGAUGUUGCUUCACGUUCAAGUUUAAAUUAUGAUGUUGAUAUUGUUCAUCCAGCUGAAGUUCAUCAUAGUUUACGUGAACGAGCACCAUUAAAAUAUUGGCGUCAAAUAAAAGAUGAUGUCGAAACAAUUGUUCUAAAAUGGAGUGCAUUUUCUUAUGAUCCAGAAAAUUAUUAUGAUACAUAUUCAGCUUAUCGUUUUUCUCCAUUAGAUGUAAAUAGUCGUGAAUCAGCAUGUUUAACUAAUUUUUUACUAAGUGGUAAAUGUGUUUUACUUGAACUUGGUAAUUUACCAAAUGAAUGUGCAAUAAAUAUAAAUGAAUAUGGUGAUGAAAAUUGUUUUAAUAGAUCUGAAAGUGAUUUAUCAUCAUUAACAACAACAACAACAACAACAUCAGCAAAUAGACUUUUUUCUCAUAUGAUAAUAUCACAUAAUCAAGAAUUAAUGAUACAUUCAAUAUCAUUUGGUUCGAAUAAUCCAAUGAGUAAAAUGGGUCCUUGUUAUGUUGUAACUGAUGAAAAAGAUAAUAUAUCAAUUAAUGAUUUAGAAGAAUUAAUCGAUGAAAUUGAUGAUGAUAGUUUAGAAAAAGAUUUACGUGUUGAAAGUUUUAUAAAUAUAAUACGUACAACAACACUUUAUCCAGUAGAAACAAUGACAAGUGGAAAAAUUCCAAUUGAAGAUUCUCUUCGACUUCUUGAACGUCAUACACGUCGAUGUCCAUUAUUAACAAAUGAAACAAUUCUAUUUAAUAUGCCAUCGCCAAUGAAUUUUUUAACAAAUUUAAUAUUACGUGAAAAAUUGUCAGAUGAUGAUAUAUCAAAAUGUCUAACAGCUCUUAAACAUGUUGAUAAUAUGGAAAGAAAUGGUGAACUAUUACCAGUAUCAAAUCAUUUUCAAUAUACAACGAAAAUCGUCACCAAUAAAGCAAAAAAAGAUGAAGCAUAUCGUUUUCUAUGGCGUGAAAUUGAAUAUCUUGUUCGUGGUUAUAAAGAUACAUCAGAUAGUCAUCGUCAUAUUUAUCAAAAUAUUCUCGAUCGACGAAAAACUGACAUUGAAAAUGAUUCAUCAAUUUAUCAAAGUAAUAAAAUUGAGUUUGUUUUUCCUACUGAUGAAACAUCAUCGACUGGAACAAUAAUGAUUAAACGUGACAAAAAUUUUCAAGAAAAUAAUGAAAAAAUAAAUGGUCGAAUAUGGACAGAAUUUACUGAUGUUAAACAAGUUGUUGCAGCUAAUUCAUUACGAGAUAUGUGGAAUAGAAAACAACAAGAAAAACGAGCACCAGAAUUCGAUGGUCGAGCUGAAUAUCCUCCACCACGAUUAAUUCCACUUUAUGUUAAUUUAAAUACAAAAAAUUCUAUAACAAAUUCUACUUCUAUUCCAUCUACAUCAACAACAAAUCUAUCGGAAAAAAUUUAA